GCUCGUCUGAACGCGAAAGAGAGAUUCGUUUGGGAUUCCCGAUCCCUUGACGUGCUUCGGAGGUGUUUGUGUGUACGGGAGGGCAUUCCGGUUGCUGAGUGCUUACAGAUUAAUGAAUGGAUGCUUAACGAAUGCAGGGACCGGUCAUCGGUCACAUUAUUCUCUUACACUCUGUGACUUGCAGAAAUGAAGCCGUCUAUCCGCUUAUCUCUCCUUAUUCCAUCUGAAUUCUGUGUAUAGAAUCCUUGCAUCCCGACGGACGGACGGACGGUGGUUUAAGCUCUUAUACCUGGGGUCUUUUAAAUGCCAAGCCUGUAUAUUAUGGAGUGAUCGCUGCCGGAAUUGACAGUCGCGAUUCUUUGGAAAGGUGUCCAUGACAAGGGCUACUGAACGUCAAAGAAAGAUCUUCCGGUAGAGACCGCUGGUGGUCCCAGCCGUCCGCAUCUAAAGAUGGCCCAGUGGCAAAUCAUCGUCCUUGCACUUUUGACAACAAUUGUGAUGGCGGCGGCCGAGGCUAAUAUUCCCUUCCUGUCCAAACAACGUCUGAAGGGGAGAUUUCAGAGAGACCGUAGGAACAUCCGGCCAAACAUCAUCCUUGUCCUUACCGACGAUCAAGAUGUAGAACUGGGUUCGAUGCAAGUGAUGAAUAAAACUAAACUGAUUAUGGGCCAAGGGGGCACCCAUUUUAUUAACGCCUUUGUGACAACGCCCAUGUGCUGUCCUUCGCGCUCUUCCAUCCUUACCGGGAAGUACGUCCACAACCACAACACCUACACCAACAACGAGAAUUGCUCAUCUCCGUCCUGGCAGGCCCAGCAUGAGACGCGCACGUUCUCCGUAUACCUAAACAACACCGGAUACAGAACAGCUUUCUUUGGCAAAUACCUUAAUGAAUAUAACGGCUCCUACGUUCCCCCUGGCUGGAAAGAGUGGGUCGGACUAAUUAAAAAUUCUCGGUUUUACAAUUAUACUCUCUGCCGUAACGGAGUUAAGGAAAAACACGGUUUCGACUAUUACAAGGACUAUCUCACGGAUCUCAUCACAAAUGACAGCAUCAGCUUCUUCCGUACAUCCAAGAAAAUGUAUCCUCACCGGCCGGUGUUGAUGGUACUGAGCCAUGCGGCCCCACACGGCCCCGAAGACUCUGCCCCCCAGUACUCUCAACUGUUCCCCAACGCUUCACAGCACAUCACCCCUAGUUAUAACUAUGCCCCCAACCCGGACAAACAUUGGAUAAUGAGAUACACGGGUGCCAUGAAACCAAUCCACAUGGAAUUCACCAACAUGCUGCAGCGGAGGCGUCUCCAGACGUUGAUGUCCGUGGACAACUCCAUGGAAAUGGUUUACAACAUGUUGGUGGAAACCGGCGAACUUCAGAACACUUACAUCAUUUACACGGCCGAUCACGGCUACCACAUCGGGCAGUUCGGGCUGGUGAAAGGGAAAUCCAUGCCUUACGAGUUUGACAUACGUGUUCCGUUCUACAUCCGUGGACCGAACGUGGAUGCAGGCUCGCUGAAUCCUCACAUUGUCCUUAACAUCGAUCUCGCACCGACAAUCCUGGACAUUGCCGGCUUGGACAUCCCACCAGAAAUGGACGGGAAGUCCAUCCUGAAGCUUCUGGACACCGAAAAACCGGUCAAUAGGUUUCACGUCCACAAAAAAAGCAAAGUUUGGAGGGAUUCGUUUCUGGUGGAACGAGGAAAAUUGUUGCACAAAAGGGAAAGCGAGAAAGUGGACGCGCAGGAGGAGAAUUUCCUGCCCAAGUACCAGCGUGUGAACGACUUGUGCCAGCGAGCGGAGUACCAGACCGCGUGCGAACAGCUGGGGCAGAAAUGGCAGUGCGUCGAAGACACAAACGGCAAGCUCCGACUUCACAAGUGCAAAGGGAUAGCGAGUCUUACGGCCGCGCCGGCGCCCAGCAGCAAGACAGCCUCGAAUCUAAUGACCAAUUACUACAGCGACGAAUGCAACUGUGACAGCAUCAACUACAAAAUCGCUGCUCUGGGGCGGAAAAAGAAACUGCUCACCAAAAAAAAGUACAAAGCAAAGUACAUGAGGAACCGCUCCGUCCGCUCCGUGUCCAUCGAGGUCGAUGGGGAGAUCUUCAACGUGGGUCUAGAAGAGGAGUACCAGCCGGUCGUGCAAAGGAACAUCUCCAAGAGGCACCUGGAGGACGAUGAGGACAAAGACGGAGAAGACUUCAGUGGGACGGGAGGGCUCACCAAUGAGCUCGUAGUACCGACUUCCGUUAAAGUAACCCAUCGCUGCUUCAUCCUGGCAAACGGCACAGUGCAGUGCGACCUGGAUCUGUACAAAUCCCUGCAGGCAUGGAAGGAUCACAAACUACACAUUGACCACGAGAUCGAAACUUUGCAGAAUAAAAUCAAAAACCUCAGGGAGGUCCGAGGCCACCUGAAGAAGAAGCGGCCGGAGGAGUGCGACUGCAGCGAAGUCAGUUAUAUAAAACAUAAAAAAGGCAAACUGAAGCAGAAGAAUACAGCCGUGCAUCCGUUUAAGAAAGCCGUUAAGGAGAAGGACAUGGUUUGGCUGCUCCGCGAACAGAGACGCAAAAAGAAACUGCGUAAACUGCUGAAAAGAAUGAAGAAUAACGACACGUGUAGCAUGCCCGGGCUGACGUGCUUCACGCAUGACAACCAGCACUGGCAGACCGCCCCCUUCUGGACACAGGGCCCGUUCUGCGCAUGCACGAGCGCCAACAACAAUACCUACUGGUGCUUAAGAACAAUCAACGAGACGCACAACUUCUUGUUCUGUGAAUUCGCCACCGGCUUCCUGGAGUACUUCGACCUGAACACGGAUCCGUACCAGCUCAUUAACGCCGUUAACACCCUGGACCGGGAGAUCCUCAAUCAGCUGCACGUCCAGCUCAUGGAGCUGAGGAGCUGUAAGGGCCACAAGCAGUGCAAUCCCAGGACGCGCACCCUGGAUCUCGGGCUGAAAGAAGAUAGUUUUGAGCAGUACAGGCAGCUGCAGCGUCGAAAGUGGCCAAAAGUGAAGAAACCGUCGUCUAAAUCCUUGGGCCAGCUGUGGGAAGGCUGGGAAGGAUAAUUCGACGAGCGAGAAACCGCCUCCCAAAACUAAUCAAAAACUUGAAACAUUGUAAACCCCGGAAGACGACCAACGGAAUUCUGUUAAAAGACUUCGCAGCGCGGAAAGCGGACGAGCCGUGGAUAGACAGCGACCAGAAAGACAAUUAUUUGUAACGAAUGACGUGGCCAGAGGGGCCGGGACCUUCGGAUUCCGCCGCUGCACUCGCUUUUUAUUUUUGUUUUGUUUUUUUUGUCUCUAAACGUUCCUCGCUGCCGAAGACUGUUUUUAAAAGCACCACUAGCUUCCUCCGAUGACGACAAGCAGACAAAUAUAUAUACAUUCACACAUCGUCUUUCUACACUCGCAACUUCAUUCGUCUGGAACGAGGGGGGGGGGGGGUCUACACAAAUAACGGAUACAACAAUUACCGGAACAUCCACAAUCUGGAAACCCGAUGGACAAUCUACCCAUGAGCUGAAAUACCACUAAACAAACCCAAAGCCCUGUCGGAAACACUAACAGGAAUGCUACACACCCCCUAUUCAUCGGCGUCCAGCACGGAACUCGGUGUAGACCCUUCGGGGGGAGUAAAUUCCACAUCUCUUCGAUUAUAAAUUGUUACUAUUUGUUGCUUAAUAAAAAGUUCAUAACCGAUCGACUUUUGAUACACAAAA